GAGCGGUGGCGGCGGCUGCUGCUGGUCCUUCUCCACUUUCCUCUCGCCCGCCUUCCCAACCUCUUGGGCCGGCCCCAGAGUUGCGGGGAAGCGCCUUCUUCGCCAUGGCCACCAGCACCACCGGCUCCACGUUGCUGCAGCCUCUCAGCAACGCCGUUCGGCUACCCAUAGACCAGGUCAACUUUGUAGUGUGCCAACUGUUUGCCUUGCUUGCUGCUGUUUGGUUUCGAACUUACCUUCAUUCAAGCAAAACUAGCCCAUUUAUAAGGCAUGUUGUUGCCACACUUUUGGGCCUUUAUCUUGCACUUUUUUGUUUUGGAUGGUAUGCCUUACAUUUUGUUAUACAAAGUGGAAUUUCCUACUAUAUCAUGAUCAUUAUAGGAGUGGAAAAUAUGCACAAAUAUUGUUUUGUUUUUGCUUUGGGAUACCUCACUGUGUGCCAAAUUUCUAGAGUCUAUAUCUUUGAUUAUGGACAAUAUUCCGCUGAUUUUUCUGGCCCAAUGAUGAUAAUUACACAGAAAAUUACAAGUUUGGCAUACGAAAUUCAUGAUGGAAUGUUUCGAAAGACAGAAGAACUGACAUCAUCACAGCGAUGCUUAGCUGUGAGACGCAUGCCAAGUCUACUGGAGUAUUUAAGUUACAACUGUAAUUUCAUGGGUAUCCUGGCAGGCCCAUUAUGCUCUUAUAAAGACUAUAUUACUUUCAUUGAAGGCAGAUCAUACCAACUGACACAGUCUGAAGCAAAUGGGAAAGAAGAGAUAAAAUAUGAACAAACAGAUCCCUCUCCAAAUAUAGCCGUGGCGCAGAAACUCGUAGUGUGUGGACUAUCCUUAUUAUUUCAUAUGACUGUUAGCAAAACUUUGCCUGUAGAAUACAACAUUGAUGAUCAUUUCAGAGCAACAGCAUCAUUGCCUACAAGAGUUAUCUAUCUGUAUCUGUCUCUAAUGGCUGCCAGACCCAAAUACUAUUUUGCAUGGACUUUGGCAGAUGCAAUUAAUAAUGCAGCUGGGUUUGGAUUUAGAGGCUACGAUAAAAAUGGAGUCUCACAUUGGGAUUCCAUUUCAAAUCUAAGAAUCCUGCAUAUAGAGUUUUCUACAAGUUUCAAGAUGUUUCUUGAUAACUGGAAUAUCCAAACAGCUCUUUGGCUCAAAAGAGUAUGCUAUGAACGAGCCUCCCACAGUCCAACAAUACAAACCUUUAUCUUGUCAGCCAUUUGGCAUGGGGUGUAUCCUGGAUAUUAUUUAACCUUCUUAACAGGAGUACUGAUGACACUCGCAGCACGAACUAUUAGAAAGAACAUAAGACACUACUUUAUUGACUCUCCAGCCAUUAAAUUUUGUUACGAUAUCAUGACAUGGAUGACAACUCAAGUAGCAAUAAGUUAUACAGUGGUACCAUUUGUACUUCUCUCAGUAAAACCAUCUUACAUGUUUUACAGCUCCUGGUACUUCUGCCUUCAUGUUACCUGCAUUUUAGUGUUGUUGAUACUUCCAAUGAAAAGAACUCGAAAAGGAAAUAAAGAGCAAGAAAGCAUCCAGCCCUCUUGGUCCAAAAAGCAAGAAGAAGAAGACAAAAGCAUUAUGGGACAUAACAGUUACUCUACAGCAAAUAGUUUCAAUCAAAAAAGAGAAAUCACCUGCAGAAAUACAGCAGUGAAACAAUGAUUAGAGAUGCUACGGUGGAUAUAUUUUAUAUUUUCAAAACCCAUUUAUAGCACCUUUUAAAGGGGUUUGUAUUUGUCUGAAAAGAUGGUUAGUAAGAAAAGAAUACUAUAUCUUUAGGGAAUAUUGAAUACACUAGUAAGAAUGGAAACAAAGCAAAUUAACCUCUCCCAUGCCAUGUUCCUGUGGAUCACGCCUUAUAUGAAAAUAAUACCAUUAUUUCAAUGGGCACUCAGGACUUACAGCAUAUGUCUAUCGGGUCAUCGGUGUGCCCUUUUGCUGAAUGUACAUUGUGUAUCCUAAGGCACUGAUGGAUGGUAGUGGGGAAAACAAUUGUUUCAGUCCAGAGUAACAGAAGGAAAAUAUCUUUAACAAGCAAAUGCCUUGCCUUAAACCCUCUAUCUACUGAAAUAACAUUUCUAAGUGAUAUUUUCAUGUUUAUCUUAAUGUGGGAAGCAUAGUUGAAAUAUAGGCUUUUGGGUGCUGAAGGAAAAAAAUGUAGAGAAAUGAAAGCAGAAAGUCAUGAUGUCCGAAUCAAUAAGAAGGAAUUGCAAUAAGCAUCUCAGUAUUUGGAGAUUUUUCUUAGAAUAUCAAUUUCUUAUAGUACAGGAAUGCAAACGUUGCCAAUGCCAAACUAUAGUUGAUUUUUCUAAAACAUUAUCAUUACAAGAGAGCCCUCUGGAAACUUUUAAAAACUCAAAACAUCACCCUUUCCAGGGCUAAAUGCUCUGGUUCAAGUUUAUUUUGCUCUAGUGGCAGCCAUCCUAAGACACAGCUGGAAUUCCCGAAAAAGCUGCAACCUUCCAGUAAAAUCCCUCCCUGUUAUCAUGUACAAAUCAUUUUGCAAAGAGUGUCCUUAAGAUAUAGUCACUUGGAAAUUUUGUCAGAGAUGUAAAGUUUAGUGUGAGAAGGUGCUUAUGAUAUAAGUAUAGCCAGAUUAUCUUAUGGUUAUAAUUCAGUUUAUAUUAAACAAAGGGUGAAAUUGUUAAAUAGGUAUUAUCUAACUCAUCUUUGACAUUAUAUACCCUGUAACACUGGAAAACCUGUGGUUUAGGAAAUCCCUAAACCAGAAUUUCAUACAUGGGGAUCAUAAUGUACCUUUGGAU